CUAAUCCUCUCGCACAGACGAUCUUCUCUCAUCCACUUAACCUUCAAACUUUCAGACAUAAAGAAAAAACAAAAAAAAGGAAAAAAAAGGGUCGUCUGCUAUCGUGCGCCAUCUAAGGUUCCGGCGACUGUAUGAGCGGAUCUGGUGGAAACAACGGUGUUGCAACGAUGGCAGGAGGAGCAGCAGAACAGCAGUACGCGAAGGCGAAGAUAUCGGUCUGGUGGGACAUAGAGAACUGUCAAGUGCCUAAAGGCUGUGAACCUCAUUCGAUCGCUCAGAAUAUAAGUUCUGCUUUAGUUAAUAUGAACUACUGUGGGCCAGUAUCGAUAUCCGCCUACGGCGACACCAAUCGGAUCCCUGCCUCCGUUCAGCAAGGUCUCAACAGUACCGGCAUCGCCUUGAAUCACGUGCCCGCCGGUGUGAAAGAUGCAAGUGACAAGAAAAUAUUGGUAGACAUGUUAUUUUGGGCUGUAGAUAACCCUGCCCCAUGCAAUUAUCUGUUAAUUUCUGGUGACCGGGAUUUCUCAAAUGCAUUACAUCAAUUAAGAAUGAGGAAAUACAACAUUCUUUUAGCUCAACCUCAGAAAGCUUCCAUAUCCCUCCUUGCUGCUGCUAAAAGUGUAUGGCUAUGGACCAGUCUUUUGGCCGGAGGUCCACCAAUAACUACCGGUGAAUCACCCACACCUGAUACCACCCACAACCACACUCCAACUCCUAACUCACUACAUACUCCGCUUCCUGAGUCAACUCAGAAUCAGAUGCAUCAACCUUUAGAUAACAACAUAUAUCCAAACCCCCAUCCGGGAUUACAGAAAUUUGCAAGUUUGGAAAUAAGAAGAUCAAAUGAUAGUAAACAAAAAGGGAAGCCUUUAAGGAAAAACCAGAGUCAACCGGUUAUUUCAAGAACUUUAAGUCCACCAAUUGGGGUUUUAGAAAACCAGACCCAUGAGCAAAUUUACGCUAGUACCCCUACAACUGGACCAAACCCAAAUCACAUUCCUAUUGGUCCGGAUUAUUCAUGGAACAACACUAGCUACCAACCUCAUGCUCCACCGCCAGUAAAGCCGCCCAAUAAUCUCCCCGGAAGUUUCUUUCCACCUCAUUUUAUGCCGCCAAGGCCCAAUGGAUACACCUCUACUUCCUCCACACCGCCAUUUGCUCCUGAUAUUAUUAAGUUUAAUUUUUCCGACCACCAUCCUCUGAUGACUAAACCACCACCAUCGGGUGGCGGGAACGGGACCGGGCAGCCGAAACAAAACUCUGGCGAGCCGCCGAAUUACACAAACAGCCCACAAAAGAGGGGGAAUAAGUCGAUGAACAAAAGUCCAGAUGUCCAACCAGGAUUGGACAGUAGUGGUAGUGGUGUGUGGGGGACACCUGGAUGCCCGAAGCCUUCGGAAUACGUGCAAGGGCUUAUAGGGGUGAUUUUACUUGCCUUGAGUACAUUGAAAAGUGAAAAGAUUAUGCCUACUGAAGAGAAUAUUAUUUUUUGCAUUCGUUAUGGGAAUAUUUCAAAGCAGCGGAAUAUUGAUGUUAAAAAGGCGUUAGAGAGUGCUGUGAAGCAGCAGCUGGUAGUGAAACAGAAUCUAGGGAAGUUACCUUUUUUUGUUGGUAAAAAGGAGAAACUAUGGAGGUGUGUGAACCCUAUAGGUAAUAAUUAUAAAGAUCACUCCAAAGCUACAUGGGAUGAACUUGAGAAAUAUUUAUCAACUCCUUCUGGUCGAUCUGCAAUUGCAGCUUCUCAAUGCAGAUACGAUGCUGCUACUAUUAUAAAGAAUACAUGCCUAAAAGAUACUGCCUUGGGUGAUAUACUUCAGAUUCUAAACUUGGCUGUCACAGCAAAAAAGUGGAUCGUACCUCAUCAAUCUGGAUGGCACCCCGUUACUAUUACUCUUCCUGAGACAACAUCCCCCACCCCUACCCCCACCCCUGAAUUUGAAUGGUAGCCCCCACACCCACCCACACCACUCAAAAAAUCAACUAAACAAACAACCUGUUUUUAGUUUUAUUAGGUUUAGGAGGUUACACAGUCAAUCGCACUUGGUUUUUUCUUUCAAGAUCCACAAUUGUCAAAUUUACUGGCCACUAGUGGCUAACUGUCUGUUGAUUUUCUCAAGUUUCAUUCACUCUAGAAAUAUUGUUUGACUAGAUCCAGGUCAAACAUGUUGGAACAACAUUCCUUUAGGUUGUAUCUGUAGAGAAAUAGUUGCUUUGAAGCCAAGGUCUAUCUAUCUGUACUCAGGGGAUCUUGAUCUUUACUUUAUUUUCCAAGCCAUCCAUCCAUCUAUCUGUAUACCUCGACAGCUGGACAUAGAUAAAUAAUACCCACCCACCAAUCGAACCCUAAGUUGGAACAAACAACAAAAUUGAAGAUCUUGGUUGCUGAUGUUACAUAAUAUGUCCUAUACAUCUCAGAAUGAAUUCAAGUGUUAAUUUCUAUUUUGACAAAAAAAUUUCAUUGCUUAGGUGAAGGGUUUUUGGAUGGGUAAAGGUUAGAUGAAAUCUUUUACAUGGCACUUUUUGUAUUUGUGCUGGAAGAUUGAUUGACUUUUCUGGUGAAGUUUUAAGGGGAAGAUGGAUGAUGAGGAAGUAUUUGAGUAUGUUGAUGACGGAGUAAAAUUGAAUAUGUUAUGUUCUGGAACAGGGGAAGAUGAUGAUGAAAAAGUAUCGAAUAUGUUAUGUUGUGAAACAAUAUUGAAGUUUUAAGGCAAACAACAUCAUGAUGAUGAUGAUGAUGACAAAGUAUUUGAACAUGUUAUGUUAUGUUAUGUUCUGAAACAGUGAAAUUGAUGAAGUUGUAAGGGGAAGAUGAUGAGAUCAAUAGCACAUUACAGUUGCAAACCAUUGAUAUGUUUCAAAGCGGUUGCCAGUAAGGUAAGGUGUGUUUGUCAAAUUUAAUGAAACGGUUGUAUUUAAAGAUGUGUGUUAAUGCUCAUCAAGGUACUAAGUAGGCACGUUGAAACUCUUCACUUGUGUUUGUAUAUGUAUUGUUUUUGCAUGACAUAAACUUUUUGGUUUUUGGAACU